UAAAGCUAGAGGACCAUUUUUACUGAUACUCGGUCGUGAGGGAGAACAGUUGACAGGAGGAAAGUUCCUCCAUACAAUCAACAGAACCAAAAGGUCUUCAAACUAAGAUACAAUUUCAGUGAACCAAUUUUGGAAAGCUAUUUCAGCAGUUGUAUGUAAUUUAGGCAUUACGAAAAGAAAGCUAGUCUAGCCAUUGUGUCAGUGACUAAUAGUUUAGGGUUCAAGGAUCAGGUAGACAGUCAAGCCAAAAUUGCGACAGCAGAAUGACAGACGUCACUUGUUGCAAAACCACCAAAACGCUGAAUUUCAAUGUUGGGGUUCUUGGACAUGUUGACAGCGGCAAGACCUCACUUGCCAGGUCGCUCAGUAGCACAGCAUCAACGGCUGCCUUUGAUAAAAACCCGCAGUCCCGAGAGAGGGGCAUCACUUUGGACCUCGGAUUCUCCUCUUUUACUGUGGACCUCCCGGACCAUUUACGGGAAAGCGCCUAUGAAAGCUUACAGUUUACCUUAGUGGACUGUCCUGGACAUGCGUCUUUAAUUCGCACCAUCAUUGGAGGGGCCCAGAUUAUUGACCUGAUGAUGCUGGUGGUGGAUGUGGUGAAGGGGGUCCAGACUCAGACAGCAGAGUGUCUGCUUGUUGGCGAGCUGACCUGCCCUAGAAUGGUGGUCAUCCUCAACAAGACUGACCUUCUGCCCCCCAACAAGAGACAGGGCGCCAUCGAAAAGAUGACCAAGAGACUUCACAAGACCUUGGAGAACACAAGUUUCAAAGACUGUCCAGUAAUUGCUGUGGCAGCAAGGCCUGGAGGUCCUGAGGCGGCGGACACAGAUGAGCCCCAGGGUAUCCCUGAGCUCAUAGAGUUGCUGAAGAGCCAGACAUACCUCCCUCACAGAGACCCAGAGGGGGCCCUGCUCAUGGCUGUGGACCACUGUUUCUCCAUCCGAGGUCAGGGCACGGUUCUGACUGGAACCAUCCUGCAGGGGGCGCUGGCUGUCAAUGACACUGUGGAGAUCCCAGCGCUCAAGGUGACGAAGAAAGUCAAGUCCAUCCAAAUGUUCAGGAAGCCUGUGUCUGCAGCUAUGCAGGGCGACCGGGUGGGGGUGUGUGUGACCCAGUUUGACCCCAAACUCCUGGAGCGGGGGGUGGUGUGCACCCCGGGCUCCCUGCACACCAUCCACGCUGCCCUCAUCUCAGUCAGGAAGAUCGGCUACUACAAAGGCCCCCUCGCUUCCCGGGCCAAGUUCCACAUCACCGUGGGCCAUGAGACCGUCAUGGCCAGGGUCACCUUCUUCGGCCUCCCCCCUGGUCAGACCCCCGCCAUGCCCUCCGCCCCUCAGCUGGAGCCUGUCGCCAUGGACACACCCUUCUCCUUUGACAGAGAUUACUUCCACCAGGAAGAAUACAUCAUUGGCCAGGGGGAGGCGGGAGGGGUGAAGUCGGACCCAGAACAGUGGGCCCUGCUGGAGUUUGAGCGUCCGGUCACAUGCCCGUCUCUCUGCUUGGUCAUUGGUUCUAAGCUGGACACAGACAUCCAUGCCAACGCAUGUCGACUGGCCUUCCAGGGGAGACUGUUGGAGGGCUUUGAGGAGAAAGGCUAUGCUGAGACCACGCUGCCCCGCCUGCGCAUCUACAAGACCAAGCAGAAGGAGGGCCAGGUGGAGAGGGUGACUGAUGACUACACUGUGAUUGGUCGAAACCUGUUCAAGAAGGAGACCAACCUGCAGAUGUUUGUGGGGUUAAAGGUCAAGCUGUCAACGGGUGAGGCCGGGGUCAUCGAGGGUGGCUUUGGACAGAGUGGAAAGUUUAAGAUCCGGGUACCAGAGGGUUUAAGCCCAGAGACCAAACAACUCCUGUCUUCUUCCUCUAAGAAGAAAGGAAAGGGGGGGGCAAAAGGGGAGCCGGUCAAAGAGGAGGAGCCAAAGACAGACUCUCAACCUAUCAGCAUCCAUCUCACUUUCAAAAGAUAUGUCUUUGACCCCCAUAAGAAAAUGGUCCAGUCCUGAUCUAUAGAGCACAGGGCCAUAGGAUGAAACCACUUUACACAGUGCUGGGUAAGAGAGAAGGGGGAUGACUGUAUGAACACAUCUCCCAAUCAGAAAGACAUGGAGCUAUAGUUUGAAUGUUCUGUGUCGUGCUGAGAUGCCUAAGCACAGAGAUGUUGUUUCUUUGAGAGCCCAGUUAUAGUUGAGGUCAUAGCAACAAUAUUUUUUACACACUACAUUUUUGUCAAACUUAGAAAUUGAGUCAAAUUUCGAAUAUGGUAAAUUUCCAGAGAAUAUCCUGACUUUCGAUACAGUUCUGUUCUAUAUCUUUGAUCCUGACCUGCUCUUUCCUUCCACCCUGUCCGAUAUUUCCCUCUCUCUCUCUCUCUCUCUCUCUCUCUCUCUCUCUCUCUCUCUCUCU